CCCGCCCCAUCACGUGUGCGCGGCGUCGCGUCACACCCGGAAGCAGCGGCUGAAGCGGAGUCGGGAGCAAUGAGCGGGGAGCCGGGGCCGACGUCUGAAGCGCCCCCUCCCGGGGAGAUUGAACCGGGUAGUGGGGUGCGCAUCGUCGUGGAAUACUGUGAACCCUGUGGAUUUGAGGCGACCUACCUGGAGCUGGCGAGUGCCGUGAAGGAGCAGUAUCCUGGCAUUGAGAUCGAGUCGCGCUUGGGGGGCACAGGGGCCUUUGAGAUCGAAAUCAAUGGACAGCUGGUGUUCUCCAAGCUGGAGAAUGGGGGCUUCCCUUAUGAGAAAGAUCUCAUUGAGGCCAUCCGAAGAGCCAGUAACGGAGAACCCCUAGAAAAGAUCACGAACAGCCGUCCUCCCUGCGUCAUCCUGUAACUACACGUGAUUCUGGGUUCCUACUCUGUUCUGGGACCCAAGCCCUGGUCUCCCGUUUGGUCCUGCUGAGGGCUCCCCACUGCCUCUUUCCCCUCACUUGGGUCCUGGUAAGCUAAGAGACUCUGGCCUCCACUUUGUCCCUUUGGGUACCAGGAGGGAAUAGAAGCUGCUGUGGUCUUGGGGGUGGGAGAGAAACCGUCUCCAUGGACAUUUCCACAGCUGCCUUAUACCCUCUUCCCAGGAUCAGUGUGCAAGAAAGUCUGCUCCCCACUCCAGCUUAGCCGUACCGGUCAAAUGUCACCACUAACUUACUUUCCACCAGCCCUGGGCAGUGUCAGCUAUUGGCAAUAAAGUGGCACUACAGACAUCUGGA